CUCAAAGAUGACUGGUAUAUUGCAAAUAACGAGACUGGUCUGUGAAAGUGCAGAGGCCAGGGGCAAAGUGCUUGAGGCUCUCCAACAUGCUGCCAUCGAUGCAGCUUCCCAGGAUGGUGAAAUCGAGCAGUAUCUGGUUACUACGCCACUAGAGGACACGUCAGGGGUGGAUAUAUACGUUAUCGAAGAGUUCACAUCUCAAAGUGCACUCGAAUGUCACCAAGCAGCACAGACUGUGGACGCCCUCAGAAACAUGCUGUCCGCACCACCUGAGACCCACAGUAAUCCCAUCGCAAUCAAGACAACCUCCGGACCCCCACUUCUCCUGACCACAUCCCCAGCUGUCCUGCUCGUGGGCAUCGAGUACAAGCCAGGAACAUCCUCAAAUGCAGUAACAGGCUGGGAAAAAAUGGCUGAAGGUGCAGUAAAGAGCGUACCGGGAGUCAAUGUGUUUACAGUCGCGAAAGAUGCGGAGGCAAAUAUUGUGCGGACGGUAGAAGUGCUCGAUUCCUGGGAUAGCUUGAAUGUACUGGUGAAGACUGAUGCGGCGAAGAAUAACAUUGAACACAAUGGGAAAGACAGGACAGGCGUUAAGAGUGCUAUCAGAUUGCGCGCUGUUGCUGGGUUUGUUGGACGCUAAAAGAUACGAAUCAAAUGCAAGUUAUGCAAUAAGUCAUCUCGACAGCAUUCCGUUCCAGGCACUACUCGUGUUAGUGUCGGGGAUCCACAUCUCUAGCCGGAAAGCGAAGUUUCCACGAUCGUUGCGACGAAGACCGGUAAUUGUCUUGUAGUGGUCGUUACGGUGUUUCCAGAAGGCGCCGAGGUUCACGCGCGUCACGCGAUGGACACCCAUCUUCAGCAUGUCAUGGCGUAACCAGUAGAACCAAUCGAUGUGACGUCGCUCCUGGGUCGUGCG